AUGUCGACGUUAACAUCAUUUUCUCAACUUCGUAUUCUUCUUCAUCCUCAUUAUUCCGUUAAUAUUUUCCUAUCAGUCUUCUACCUUCUAUUGAAACAGUUGACUCCCAAGUCUUUAUCUCCAUAUAUAUUCGUUAACAAUGAAGUUACCACUCAGGAUACGCAAGUUCUCUUACUUCUGGCCACGAUUAUAACCAUUCGUGGACGCAAAACUCUCACCUGGUUACAUUACAUUGAUACUGUUUGUAAAUAUUCGAAAAUGGCCAAUUGUUUACUCUUUUAUCGUGAACAAGCUUAUGUUUCGCUGAUACUCUAUGCUUUACUUUGCCUGCUUCAUUUCCUUUUCUUUGCCACACCUGAGCCAACAGGCAAAACGAAUAUAUUAUAUUAUCGUGCUAAUAAUUUAGACAAUGAGAUUCGUGCCGAUUCACGUAUAACCUGGUUCGUUUGUUUCUACGCGCCUUGGUCUCCGCCGUGUCAAAAUUUUGCCAGUGUUUUUGUUGAUUUGUCAACACGUUUCGGCGAUUUGAAAAACUUCAAAUUUGUUAAAUUCGAUGUUAGUCGUUAUCAAGCUGAAGCGGAAAAGUUCAAAAUUGACACAUCAACAUUCUCCAAACAACUGCCGACUGUAGUUCUUUUUCAAGAUGGCAAAGAAGUCAAACGUCGACCACAAAUCGACGUUAAAGGACGAGUUCUCGAUGCUCAACGCUUACUAACAGCCGAUUAUCUAAUCAAUGAAUUUGGUCUCGCAGAAAUUUAUACAAGAGAAGCGGAUAAGCUAAAAGCAAACAAUAAGAAAGAACAAUAA